CCGUAUAAAAUAAUGCCAACACCGCCUCGCAUUCUCCGGUGCAACCCAAGCUUCCUCAAAACUACGAUUCGCGAACUUUUCAUGUCUCGAGAUCAAUUCCAUCCGCAUAGCGCGUCAAUUUACGCGCCGCGUUAAAAAUAAACCUCUCACAACUUUACUUCCUCUUUACACCAAUCACAACACGCCACCAAAAUGCCACCAAAGGGAUGGAGAAAGAAUAACGAAACGGUAACCCCGACGGCUGCCAAGGCUGUAGACCCAGUCUCGAUCGAUGAACUUUUGUUCCCAAAGGCCACCGUCAAUAGAAUCGCCAAGAGUGUGUUGGACGAGCAUUCAUUGUCGAAGGAUAGUUUGAUCGCAUUGCAGAGAGCCGCCACUGUGUUUGUUAACCACUUGUUCUUCUUUGCCAGAACCGCCGCCAGAGACCAGGGCCGUAAGACCGUCAACUCACAGGAAGUGAUUGCGGCAUUGGAAAAGUCCGAGUUUGCAUCCUUCAUUCCGAUUGUCAGGAAGGAGUUGGAAUCGUACAACAAGAUCCAGGAACUGAAGAAGAAGCACAAGGAGCACAAGGAUGAGGACAUCACGAUUAACGAGGCCGAGUCCGCUAACACCACGGUCCAGGAGGAGCCGAAGGAGGGGGAUGAGCCGGCUGCAAAAAAGACUAAGGACAACGCCGGCCAUGCAGUUGGCAGAAAUACCAGCGGCGAGGACACCGACGAGGAGGGUGCCGACGAGAACCCCGACACGAUAUCGCAGGACGAGGAAGACAAGGACGAGACGGAGGAGGCAGAAGAGCGCGCCGUUCAACCGAUGGAAGCGAUAGACUUAGAGGAGAAGGAGCUUAGAGGUGAGGAUUUUGACAACGACACUGUUGGGAAUGAGGAUGAAGCGGAGGAAGAGGACUAG